AUGGCUUCUUCAUCACGGCUGGAGAUCUUGAACGAUGGCGGACUCCGCCAUGAUGCUCGCAGACCAUACGAGCUCCGAUCCAUGUCGUUCCACCUCUCCCCACAUCCCACUGCCGACGGAUCCGCUACGGUCACUCAAGGUCUCACAACCGUCAGCGUCUCAGUCUUUGGUCCUCGCGAACCCCGACAACGGUCCAGCUCGAGCCAUGAUCGGGCGGUCAUAGCUGUCGAGGUCGGCGUAGCUCCCUGGGCAGGUACAGGAGCACAGCGACGGGCCAGAGGCGAUAAGCGAUUAGCAGAAGUCGGGGCAUCAAUACGGCAAACCUUUGAACCGGUCGUAAUGACCCAUCUCUACCCCCGUUCCGAGUUAUUCAUCAAUGUUCAAGUCGUGUCUGCCGAUGGAGGUAUUCUGCCCACCGCCAUCAACGCCACAACACUGGCACUAGUGGACGCCGGUAUCGCCAUGCUCGACUACAUCUCCUCCGUCUCGAUCGGUCUCCACCUCACCCAACCCCUCCUCGACCUCUCUGCUCCGGAAGAAAUGGACCUCCCAGUUCUCGUCGUCGCUUCUCUCCCAAAUUCAGGCAAGAUCACCCUGGCUCAGAUGGAAACACGGCUUCACGUCGACCGAUUCGAGGAGAUGCUGGUGCUCGGCGUGGAGGCGUGCAAGGUGCUCAAGACGGAAAUGGAGGAGUAUGUCAAGGAACGGACAGGGAAGGUCGUACAGCGGAUGAGUCUGGCCGUGGAGGGUGCAAAGGGAUUACAAGCGGGCUUUAUCGACGGUGGCAGAUGA